UUAUCUGUUCAAUAUAUGGAAACCUGAAACACACAAGGCACAUACGACAUUAGGAAAAAAUGUUGGAAAAAGUCUACUUACCCCCCUGAAGUAUUAAGCUGUGUCUAACCUAGGCCCCCAACUAUAAAACUGGGUUUCCUACACCCUAAAAUAUGCAAAACCACGCAUCUAACCUCCUGGGGCGGUUUGGGAGGGUGGUUUUGGCACGCUGGCGGCCAGCGUGUCAGUGGUUUGGACACCGUGGCGCAGGGAUGCGAUGCAGGAGCUGGUUUCGGUCGCUGGCAGAUGGGCCCCACUUGUCAGGCGACCGCUUCAAUUACCCCGUCGGCUCCCCUGUUUCUUUCGCCGCACCGGCGGUGUCGAAGGUGCCAAGCCACUGCCUCUUGCCGGUGAACGGGAUGCGGAUCUCCGCCACCCACUUGCCCCACUUGCGGAGCCUCACGCCGCGGUAGCUCUCCGGCGCCCCGCCGCUGGUGCACGCGGCGACAGUAGCCGGUGGAAGGACCGGCUUAGCUGGGGCCUUGCCGAUGUACGCCUCCCGGAGCUUCGCCGACGAGAAGCGCCGCCGCUGCAGGCAGGCUGUGCCCGCUUCCGCUUCCUCACCUGCUACUUCGGCAAGCGCUACCCCGACGGCGUCCUCUUCCUCGUCCACCUCGACUGCUCCAUUCGCGCACCCGUUGCCGUCGUCCGUGCUUGAAUCCACCACCAAGGCAGCAGCGCCAAACCCGCAGUCUCCAGAGCUGGUCGCGACACCAACACCCGCCGUCGCGCCACCGUCCACUGAGUCUGCUGCUCAGCUGCAGGACGACCCAGAGUUCUACCAGGACCUUCUGCGCGGCCUGCAGCUGCCCGACAUCGACCCGAUGGAUUUCCGCGCUGGCUUGGACGCGCUCGACGUCUCCGACGUGGCCUUCUGCCUAGAGGACGAACAAGACCUACUGCUUGGGGACUUCGGGGAUGAAGAGCUAGAGAUUGACCUCGACCUCGACGACAUCAACGAUGUCUUCCCGAAGAUGCCUGGGUGCGACCUCGGCCGCGGCAUGGACGACUUCCUGCAAACCGUCGAUUUCUGCGUGUGAAUUAAGGGGUGUGCCUUAAUAUGUUAGGGUUGUUGGUUUGAUAAAUUGGGGCCUCGGGAGUGUGCUUGGAAGGGGGAUGAUCUUGAGUUUUUCC